GCCAGCGAUCCCGUCACCACACUUUCUCCAACACAACCUUUUGCAACAAGUCAGUUGGCCCCCGCCUUGUUACGUGAUAUCGCUAGCUAUAGCGGCAAAAAAACAAUAGACUACAGCGCGGUCUCUAAGCGAGCUGCCGCUAGCUGCACGCCAAUCAGAUUCUACCAAUUACAUACACUUGUCGGUCCGCGCUCUUCCUCGUCUUCUUCCGCCGCCAUCUACCCACCUCAGUCUUCAGACGCAGCUCAACGACCUUCGGCUUUAUCCUGCAUGCCCAGCGGCCCAUUCCAGCUUCCACCAUUUUUCUAUUGCCUCGAUCUUUCUGCACUCAGCCGAGCUAUACGUCACUUGCUCUUCCUAGACACUUGCAAUAUACGGGACUGAGCUUACCGACUUCGCCCAGGCCGGUCACACCAAGAGACUAGCCUCCCCUCACUGUCUUCUUGGGCAACCACCAGCGCAACAUCAACUCUCCUCGAUAUAACAUGUCCCUUUUGCAACCAACAACAUGAGGAGUGGCCGCAACGACAACCUACCUCGCUUUCGAGGCGUCAAAUAUCAGCCUCUUACUUCUUCUCUCGGCGAAGCAGCUCAUUAUGCCUCCCAUCGUGUCUCCCGCAUUCGCCAACGGCUACCCACAUGGCUCAUCAUUGGAGUAUGCUGCAUCUUGGGCCUCACCAUAACAUUGCCCUUUCUACCCUCACGAUCCUUGAAUGCUGGUACUGCUGCGCAAGCAGACCAAGUAGCCAUCAGGCUGCAUCCCGAAGACCACAUCGCCAGACGAGCCAAGACACUCACAUUUGACUGGCGUGUCACCCAGGGCACGCGAGCAGUCGACGGAGUCGAAAAACAAGUAUAUCUCGUCAAUGAGCAAUUCCCCGGCCCAACUAUUGAGGCUCGCUCGGGUGACCGCAUUAUAGUCAAUGUCGACAACGCACUCGACGACCAAGGCCUAUCGCUGCACUGGCAUGGCUUGCGCAUGAAGAAUUAUAACCACAUGGAUGGCGCAGUCGGAAUUACACAGUGUCCCAUCCCAUCCAAUCGAAAACACGUAUACGAUUUUACUAUUGGCAAUGACGAAGCCGGCACAUUCUGGUGGCAUAGCCAUAAUCAGGUCCAGCGCGGUGACGGCCUCUACGGUGGCUUAGUUAUUCACCAGCCCAACACACGACGAAAUAUUGCCAAUCCUGAAUAUCUACUGCUAGUAGGUGACUGGUUUCAUCGAAAGCAGCAGGACGUGCUCGAGUGGUUUUCCAAUGCGUCUAGUCUGGGCAAUGAGCCGGUACCCGACUCGAUGGUCAUCAAUGGCCAGGGCCGAUACAACUGUUCCAUGGCUGUUCCAGCUCGACCCCUCGUGUGUCAAGAUAUUCCAUUGCGGGAGUCCGUUCCCAUAUUUAAAGAGAAAACCAAUGCGAAGCUUCGAAUAGUCAAUGUCGGCACAAUUGCGGGUGUCUCUCUAGCUGUCAGCGGCGCGACGCUGCAACCAACGCACGUAGACGGCGGAUGGCCGCUUAAGGCCUUACCCGGCGACGUCCUUGGUGUUUUAUAUCCUGGAGAACGAGCUGACGCUAUUAUGAAAUGGACACAAAAGAACAAGGAACAAUCAUGGCUUAGCAUGUAUCUCGACGACGACAACUUCAAGUACUCCAAUGAAGCCUUAAACCCUGAACAGGCCUUUCUGACACUACCACCGAAAAAGACCGUUGAAAUAGCCCCAGAGCCAAAGCCGUUAUCAUCAUAUACGCACUACACCAAACUUACAACCGCCCAAUCUGCGCAACCACCGACAGAAAAAAUCUCCAAAGAAGCAGACAUGACGUUUGUAUACUAUCUCAAAACCAAGAUCCUUGCCCAUCUGGACAAUAGUCCCAUGGGAUCGAUGAACCACACUGCAUGGCAGCCACAGAGCCCGCCUUUGCUCGCUAGUGGCCGAUCCAGCUGGGACGAUAACCAACUAGUUUCGUUUAUACCGAGUUCAUCCACUCCUAAACAAGUCGAUAUUAUUCUGAACAAUCGCGAUGACGGCGCACACCCUGUACACUUGCACGGAAACCCAUUUUAUGUACUAGCUUCCCGAGACACAGGCGGAGACGCAGGCUGGGCAAGCUACAACCCAUUCGACCCCGAGGAUGACCCAGGCAGCCCAGCCAACCUGGUCAACCCAGUCAGACGAGAUACUGUAUUAGUCCCAAAACGGGGCCACGUUGUUUUGCGCCUGGUUGCCGAUAAUCCGGGCUUUUGGCUCAUGCAUUGCCACAUGCUGGUACACAUGGGCACGGGCAUGGCCGCCACUCUGCACAUUGGCGACGCGGGCGAUGAAGCCCAUGCACGUGUAAAUACUCAGGCUGCUGGAUUGUGCAGCAAAUAAACGAAGUCAUGACAAUAAAAUACACCACGCUUUUACAUGUCUUGACGAUUUUCAGGCGCAAGUUGCACUGACAGAGUAGCAACCUCCACGUUGCAUCAUCAUCACCGAUUGGCUCUCCCCCGGACACGUCACACUUGGAACACAAACAUUAGAUACCCGGUUCAUAUCCACUCGAAUACAUACAUAUAUUAGCUAUAAAUAACUCUUACAAUAAUACGGUAGCAGACACGCUAGCAACUAAGCAAUCGGCCAAGGUCAGCAACGUCGACUGGCUUUAGUCGUCCUCAUUCUCAUCAAUUAGCGGGUCGCGGUGCAAGGGCUAGCCAUGACACUCGCAAAGUUGGCAUAGCUAUAGGCAUCGUCGGAGCGAGUACCAGUCUCAAAGCUGAGGUUGGCAGCAGCAAAGCCAGCGUGCUGGAGGACAAUGGCGCCGUGGGUCAUACGGUCGCGUCUCUUUAGGCACGGCUCGUUGCUCAACACAUGCUCGUCCAUGUCGUAGUAGGAGAAGAAGAGCGGGCAGUAGAAGGCCUGUGCCUGGUUGUUGACGUACGCCACCCCAUAGGCAGUCUGGCUACCGGCCUGGCAGCGGUCAGAGUCACAGGUAGUGCCGAGCAUGCCCUGGCCAGCGCGGCCGCACUCCUCAGCAAUGAGGCCGUAGCGGGUGGCAAUCUUGUUGCGGGUGUUGACGUCGCCUCUGGUGAAGUAGCGGGCAAUGACGUCUUCAGUAGCGCUUUCGACAACAGUCUUGGCCUUGAUAGCGUAGUCCUUGCAGGCUUGGAAGGCAACGUUGAGCGCCUGGGCAUCGGAGUCGCAAGUGCGUGCGGACUGGGUGGAAACUGUGCUGUCUGGAAGUUGUGUUAGUAUCAAUACCGUUGUGGUGAUGAGAAAAUAUGGGCUUACUGUUGAGAAUGCGGAUGUAGUUGGUGGUGCCGUUGGCAGAGCCGGUCAUAAAGACAGUCUCUUCACUAAAGAUGUCGACGCUGCCGUUGGAAGGAGGAGGCAUGAUGGACGUGCUGUUGGAUGGAAGAGGCGUGGUUGAGGUGUUGUUGGUAGGAGGAGCCGUGAUCGAGCUGUUGGAUGGAGGAGGCAUGAUUGCGGUCUCGUUGGGCUUGAGGUUGGUCUCUGGGAAAGGCACGUCGGGAAUGUCCUCGUCAUCUUCCUCUUCCCAGUUAACAGGCGGCGUACCCACGACGACUGACACAUUAUUUGGGUCAGCCACAUCGAAAAUAUCCUCGUCAUUCUCAUCCUCCCAGUUGGGCCGGGGCGCAGCCAUGGCUACCGAGGCAAGGAGCGCAAGACAGACACUGGGCUUCAUCGUUAUUAUAAUGUGUAAAGACGGUAAGUUGUUGUGGCAGAGGUAUAAAGUUCCAAUGAGUGGUGGAUUGUGAUACCAUGCGACAACACGGAGCGGCAAGCUUCGCUUAUAUACAGAUCGAGCAGGGAAGAACACCAUCAUACGCAGCAGAUGAACUUUAAUUCUCGUUAUAAAUUCAUGCAACGGAGCAUUCUGGGCCUGGAUCUAGCUACGAAGCCAGUCUAAGCGACUGCUACGCAAGAUGCUGCUCUGGACUCUCUUCAUCUAGCAGACUGUGUGCAUAAGUAGCGUAGCGCACCAAGCCCUAGAGCGAGCCAUGCAGCGACGGCCACUCACUGCAUUAGAUACUACGACAGGAGUCCCAACGACAGUAGACACUAGUAGGCUCAGCCGCAGCAGCUAGGGCAUUUAGCAUGAAACAGUGGCAGACUUUGUUCACGAUUUCUGUACAGAUCGCUAGACAACGUGGCUCUACCCCGGCCAGACGUUGAAUCUGACGCCGAUGCUACGCUGUUCCUGCAUGCGCCGGCGUAUUAUGACCGAUUAAAACGAUCUCACCAGCAAGCGGCAUAUGUUCAAC